UAAACUUAGUUUAGUAUCCAUUUUAAGCUGGAAUAAUUUUUUGUCUGCCUUUCAGUGGCUUGAGGGAUGAGUUUAGAUUUUUGCAUAGUGUCAGCUGUGUAUUACCGUUCUUGUACACUUAGUUGCGCUGUGGUGCAUCUGCAGCUAGUACCACACAGCCAUACACCAAAGAAGCAAAGUUCAGUUUCAUAACGAAACGUCACAUCCGCUGAACGCUGCUAACAAACUCAGGUCAGACCUGCAUGGUCUGUGACUGUGCACCCAUGUUGCGAUUAGUCACAACGUUGCUAUGCCGCCACUGUCAGCGGAUUCGACGUCUCCCCCCUCUCAGGGCCUUCUCAAACCCGGGAGGCACAGCAGAGAACCAGGUGACCGUGGAAGCCCUCUAUGACCUUUCUGUGGACAUCCAGAAGAUCCGCCAGCUCAAGGGCUGGGUCCUGCAUCAGAGCCCUGCCUAUGUGAGUGAGACGGCCAGCCUUCUGCGGGACAUGGGAGCAGAGGGGCCCAUGAUUGCCCGGGUCCUGGAGCUCUACCCCGAGGCGGUCCUCUGCAGCCCGGAGCAGCAGCAGGCCCAGAGGGAGCUGUGGAGGUCCAUCUGCCCCAGAGAGAGAGACCUAGUGGGCAUCAUUGAGAAGUUUCCCGCCUCCUUCUUUACCUCCAGUCACCACGCCAACCAGAGGGCCAACAUCGACUUUUUCCAGAGUUUACACCUAAACAAGCGCAUUGUCACCAAGCUGAUGGCCAGCGCCCCCCAGAGUUUCAGCUGCCCCGUGGGGCAGAACAAGGAGAUGGUCUGCACCCUGCAGCAGGCCUAUCUGGAGCUGGGGGGCGACGCAGCUAACAUGAAGAUCUGGCUGCAGAAGCUGCUCAGUCAGAACCCCUUUGUCCUCCUCAAGCCCCCGGAGGUGUUGAGGGACAACCUGCUGUUCCUCAGAGACCGUGGUUUCACCACCUCAGAGCUCCUCCGCCUCCUCUCCAAACUCAGGGGGUUUGUUGUCGAGCUCAACCCGGACAACAUGCGCCACACCCUGGCCUACUCGCAGGAGACCCUGUGCUGCUCAGAGGCUGAGCUCCGGGACAUGGUCCUCAACUGCCCAGCCUUGCUUUACUACCCUGAGGUCAUCCUGGCUGAACGCUUCGAGGGCCUGCUCAGAGCUGGAGUCACUAUGGCUCAGAUUACACAGACUCCGACCGUUCUGGAGCUGACCACACAGAUUGUAAGUUACCGAAUCCAAAGACUGCGGUCAUAUGGCUAUGAUGUACGGACAGGCAGCCUACAGGUCCUCAACGGCACUAAGAAGGACUUUGAGAUGAGUUCUGGUAAACUGCAGCUGCGACGGGAAAGACCACUCUUCAACCCUGUUGCCCCGUUAAAGGGUGAUGAUUGACCUUGAUUUCAUGGUCUAAAAUGCAGAACAUUCUUAUAGCACCAUAGGGAGAACUUGAAUCAGGAUUUUCUUUCAGCUGAAUGGUAUUACUGAGUUUAGGAGACGAGCUUGUCUUGCACAGCAGACAAUUCCUCCCCAAAGGCAUUUAGCCUGGGGAUAAGGUUACCUUGAAAGAGGCAACGCAUCAUUUUAUCUGUGCAAUAUUUAAAUACUAUUAGGAUAACAAUAAUAUUUGGAUAUUAUGAUGCAAUGUUGAAUACGUGUUUUGCUGUGUGUUGGGAAUUGCCUGUGUGUUGAAGCCAUUGUGUGUCAAAAUAACCCCCUCAAAACAUCCUAAUAAAACAAUUUGAUUGAUUA